GGCGCGUUUAACAACCUGUCUGCGUUAUUCCACAGCUCAACAACAAGAAGAAAGAACACUGGAAAACCAAUGGCUUACUGCAGGUUUUAAGCAUCCCAUUUUUAUCACUAAUUUAUUUUCUACUCGAAGAUGAAAAUCAAACAAAAGGGGAUUUUCUGAAGUUUUGCAGAAGCUGCCGCUGGACUGCAUGGAAUAAUAGUGUGAAGAAACAUUGCAACGAGGUAAAUGACAAACAGCAAAAGCAUCAAAGUGCACUAGACUGUUUCUGAUUCUGGAAAUCAGUGGAUCGUUUUAUUAAAGCACUUUCUGUUUUCGCGCACUUGGGACUCUUGCGCAUCCGUCAUUUCCACUGCAUUGAUUCAGGACGGCAUCAACAUCUCUCCUGUGUGGAUUUUAAAAGAAACCAGAGCUUUUUGAGGCGGAGGAUGGAGGAGAGUCAUCUGAUGCAGACCUUGGGCGGCGUGACCCUCGCCGGACACCCGGUGGCUUUACCGGUGCCUCAUGACGGAACCGACGCCAGAAACAAGCAGGACAUCGGAGACAUUCUGCAUCAGAUCAUGACCAUCACCGACCAGAGCCUGGACGAGGCUCAGGCAAAAAAGCAUGGGCUGAACUGUCACAGAAUGAAACCGGCUCUGUUCAGCGUGCUCUGUGAAAUCAAAGAGAAAACAGGUCUCAGUAUCCGUGGCAGUCAGGAUGAAGAUCCUACAGAUCCUCAGCUCAUGCGUCUGGAUAACAUGCUGCUGGCAGAGGGCGUGUCUGGACCGGAGAAAGGGGGCGGGGCAGCGGCGGUUGCUGCGGCAACAGCAGCAGUGGGAGUGGGAGCUGAUAACUCCAUCGAGCACUCGGACUACAGAGCCAAACUCAGCCAGAUCAGACAGAUCUACCACACCGAGCUGGAGAAAUACGAGCAGGCAUGCAAUGAGUUCACUACCCAUGUGAUGAACCUGUUAAGGGAACAGUCUCGCACGCGGCCCAUCUCACCCAAAGAGAUCGAGCGCAUGGUCAACAUCAUCCACCGCAAAUUCAGCUCCAUCCAGAUGCAGCUCAAGCAGAGCACCUGCGAGGCCGUCAUGAUCCUCAGGUCCCGCUUCCUCGACGCCAGGAGGAAAAGGCGCAACUUCAGCAAGCAGGCGACAGAGAUUCUGAACGAGUAUUUCUACUCUCACCUCAGUAACCCGUAUCCCAGCGAGGAGGCCAAAGAGGAGCUGGCCAAGAAGUGUGCCAUCACUGUGUCACAGGGGAAGGGAAGCACCAUCACUGUGUCACAGGUUUCGAACUGGUUUGGUAAUAAACGUAUUCGCUAUAAGAAGAACAUUGGUAAAUUCCAGGAAGAGGCGAAUCUGUAUGCAGCGAAGACGGCAGUGACAGCGGCUCAGGCGGUGGCGGCCGCUGUACAGAACAGCCAGACCAACUCGCCCGCAACACCCAGCUCUGGCUUUCAGAUGAAAGAUGAAGACUUUCAGUUGGAUGCGGCAGAAGAUAAAAAUAAUCUGUUAAACAACAUGUUUACUGGAUCUUCAGGUUCGUAUAGUUUGCCGAGUUCAGGAGACAUGUUUAUGAGCAUGUCCGGCCUGAACGGAUCCUACCAGCCGGCCCAGGUCCCCAACACAGCACAGACACAGGGAGACUCCAUACGUCACGCCAUCGGUCAGUCGUUGGGUUACAGCGAUGGUCUGCGGGGAAACCCGCUUUACAGCCCGCAUGGCUUGAACGGUAACGGUGGCUGGCACGAUGCUGUCACUCCGUCUUCUGUGACAUCUCCUAUAGAGGGAGCAAACAGCAUUCACUCGGAUACCUCUAACUGAACCUUAACUAACCCGCAGGACAACCUAUAGCACCCAACAAAAUCUCAGACAAGAACUCAGAGAUAUGAGCUUGACAAUGAAACAGACUCAAAACCGCUUACUUUGACCAAAACAGCACCAUGUUGCAAAAAUCAACCGAGAGGAUUGACGGUACCAGCUUUCUUUCCAAAACUGGUGACACCUCAAUAAACAUGUCCAACAUGUACGAUUGUGGAAACAAGGGAUGCUUUUGUCAUAAUCUCUGUGAACAUCCUGGAAUAGGUUUUAAAAUGUAUCAUGAUUUAAAUUUACUUGCAACACUGUCUUAUUGCACAGUACAGUAUGUUCAUUCUUAAAGCCGAUUUUUCUCGUACAGAUCAACAACAUUGAUUUUUAAAUUCUAUUUUUAACUAUUUAACUUGAGCAUUAAUGUUAUUCAUUAUAAAUAUCACUGGCAUUUUGGUUUUAUCAAGACUUUAAAAAAUGAUUACAUAUGAAAAAUCAACACUGCAGUCAUGCAUAUUCAGAUUCAUAUGUGGAUGUAGGGUUCCAGAAGUAAAAUGCCAUUGAUAAUCUCCAUAAAGAAAUAGAUUUUUGGCAAUAAUGUACAAACUGUUGAAGAUGUGUACUGUAUGAAGUGAUUUUAUAUGCUUCUGUGGAGCCGAAUAGUUUUGUUUUUGUUUUUUGUUUUUUUUUCAGGUCAAGAUUGGUUUAGAAAUUCAAUGCCUAUGGAGAAAUUGGAUGGAAAAUUUACUUCUGAGACCUUUUGUUCAUCUAUUGCCAUGACAAAUACUUACACAAUUUAUCAAAUUAUUUGAUAACAUCUCCUACUUAGCAUUGCUGUUAACAGGAAGAUAAUGCAAACCAAUUUUUUAUUUGAUAACGCCAUAUAAACGACUAGACAUAAUCAGCACACAUACUGUAUCUAUACAUAAAAAAGCAUUUUUGAAUGUUAUUCUUUUCUUACUCGAUACAUUUGAAUUCUUCAUUCAUGCUCUGUAUGACAGGCUACACUGAUUACUUUGCUUUAAUUUGAUAUUCAUCACUUCAUUUGGGUAGUUUAUAAUUUUCAAUGCCGUUUUGAGAGGUUGUAAUAUUUAAAAAGUGUUCUAAUGUAUUAACAGAAUUUACACUGAGCAACUCUAUGAAGAAUAAUUCAUGUAAUGUUAUUAGUUUUUGAUAAAGGAAAUACUUGUGUUUCUGGCCCAAAAAAAAGUGUUUCAAUAAACAUUUCGAAUUGAAAUUC